AUGGUCGCAGUCGGGAAGGAAGAGGAAAAGCUGGAAGCUGGUGAUCUGAAACCAAAAACCGAUAUGGCAAGUCUGGAGGAGGGAGAGGUGGAAAUGCGGGAAUCCACCCUGGCAACAUACUCCAAAAAGCUGUGGGAUAUUGUGCAAGGAGGAUGGAAUUGGGCACACAUGGCCCUGAAAAAGCGCGAAAAAUGGAUCAUUUUCGGCAGCACGUUGUAUACUGAAGGGUGGUUCGGAAACUACGCAGCGCAGGAGCUGCUCUUUGACCGAAUCUCGCCCUCCCCAUCGAAUCGUCUUGUGUACAUCCGUGCACGCGACUGGAAACCAUUCAUCGCGAAUCCGAUCCCUUGCUCAGCCUUGUAUGUCCACUUUGAAACGCAUGAUGAGCAAGUUCGGGUGGUCGCCCAACUCCGAGCCGCUUAUGCAGACCCGAACCAGAUUGUGUACAGUAUCAGCGAGGAGUUAUACAUCGAAGGCAGUUUGGGCGAAUACACAGCACAGAAGCUGCUCUUCGACCACAUCUCAUCCGACGUGCCGGAUCGUCUUGUCUACGUCGUCAGUUUUGUGUUUUUCAUGUCCUGGUUUGAUUUUGGU